GCAAUGUCAGUAUUAAAGGAAAAAUCAGACAUGGCGCGCGUAGGAAAUAUUUCUCUAGUGUUAAGUUUUCUUCUUUCCUCAUCAUUAAUACUGUGCUAUUUCACAAAUCCCACAAGUGCAAAUAUCGAGCUAGAUGAAGACAAUUGGCGGCAGAUCCUUGAAGGGGAAUGGCUGGUAGAAUUCUACGCACCAUGGUGCCCAGCGUGCAACGCUUUAGCGCCCGCGUGGAAGGACCUAGCGAACCGCGCGAAGACCAAGAAGCUGGACAUGCGGGCCGCGGCCGUGGACGUGACCAAAUCGCCCGGCUUGAGCGGUAGAUUCGUGGUCACAGCGCUGCCCACUAUCUUCCAUGUAAAAGAUGGCGAGUUUCGUCAGUACAAGGGGCCGCGCGACGCGGACUCUAUGCUCGAGUACGUGCAGGAGGCUCGCUGGCGCAAGGCCGACGCGCUGCCCGCGUGGAAGGCGCCGCAUUCAUUGCAGAUGGGCGUCGUUGCGCACUUCUUUAAGCUCAGCCAGGCGUUACGGAGUGUGCACAACAUGCUGAUGGAGACAUACGGUCUACCAACGUGGGGAUCGUAUUUGAUCUUCGCUAUUGCAACCAUAUUUAUUGGAGCCCUGUUGGGUUUGAUGCUCGUGUGCAUAAUAGACCUAUUGUACCCGCCUCGUCGCUCCGACAAGGUGCACGUGUCCCGCGCUGAGGCCGAGAAACGCAAGCGCAGCGAUAACAAGUCGGACGAUGAGCUGAUAAACGACGACAUUGUGGAUGACGCUGAUAACGCCAAUGACAGCGAUGCUGAGAAGAAUUCACCCAGCGAUACAUCCGACGACGACAAAGCUAAAGACAAGGGCGAAGGCGAGGGGGCGAAGGCCGACAAACCGGAGACACGCAAGCGGAGGCCUAGGAAAGCUGACUAAAAAAUAAAUAAAUUAUAAUAUAUACGUAUGACCUAAUUCUGUAAAUUAUAGGUCCCAAACUGAGCACUAAUGUAAAAUUUUCUCGUUAUAAUAAAUACUAAAUCGAAAUAAAAAUGGCUUUUUAUAUUACUUUAAAUGGUUUGCAUCUUUCAAAUAUAACAUCUGUUUUAAAUAACAUCUACAUACUUGUUUAAUUAAAGAUGAUUCGUUGAAUUUGAGACUAAGUCCGUAUUCAGAAAGAAAGCUGGAAACUUAUAAACGCUUGUCGGCGCUGGUAACACGCGCCGAUAAACGCUGACCGGCGCCGACAAGUUCCGACAAGCUUCAACAAGCGCUGGUCGGCGCUGGGCCCUGCCAUAUAGAAUUUGUCUUGGUCUGCUUCAACCUGCUUCCUUUGCGCAGAACGAACCAUCGCUGACAAGCGCGCGGUAAGCGCUUAUAAGUUUCCAGCUUUCUUUCUGAAUACGGCCUAAAAUAUGUUUGUAAUGUCGUAUGAUUUGUUCUUUGAAUGGUGGUUUUUCGUGUUAAAUAAGUUAGAUUUGUACCAUUAUUUAUGUUUUGAGUUCUUUUAACUAUGAUAAUAUGAGCUCAAUCCCGCAUUUAUAAACAUUUUUAUUAAGUAUUCAUGUAAAUGUAAUCAGAAAUAUUAAGUUUUCAUUAAAUUUUAAAGUAUUGAAUCUUUGAGUGUUGUGUGCAUUUGAU